AUGGAUCAGAACGACACCAUUACUGAGCGACUGCCCUCGAAUGCUGGCACGACCGACAAUCAAGCACGCAGGAGCGUGGCCAACAAAGGCCUUACUGGUGCUUCAGCGUUGACCCUCAAACAGUCCAUCUUUCCUGUCGCUUUAGUCACUGUGCUCUUCUUCCUAUGGGGCUUCGCAUAUGGUCUCCUCGACGUACUCAACGCCAAAUUUCAGACGUCUCUGAACAUCACCGCGGCUAAAGCUGGUGGUCUUCAAGGUUCUUACUUCGGCGCAUACUUUAUCGGCCCCUUAACAUACUCUGGCUGGAUCGUUCGGAAAUAUGGAUACCGGGUCACUUUCAUGACUGGUCUUUGCAUUUAUGGGGUUGGAGCUCUAAUGUUCUGGCCAUCGGCUGUCUACAAAUCGUUUCCCGGCUUCUGUGGCAGUCUGUUCAUCGUCGGCUCCGGUCUCUCCACACUCGAAACGUCAGCAAACCCAUAUAUUGCUACCUGCGGUCCCCCGAGACUCUCUGAGUUCCGUCUCGAGCUCUCCCAGUCCUUCCAGGCUGUGGGUUCUGUUGUCGCACCUCUAUUGGCGUCCCGAGUCUUUUUCAAGGACACCAGUUCGGACGAUUUGUCGAAAGUACAAUGGACAUAUGUCGGCAUUGCGGCAUUCGUGUUCCUCCUCGCUGUUGUCUUCUUCUUCAGCCCCCUUCCAGAAGUCACCGAUGCGGACAUGGCGCUUCAGGCUGAGCAGUGCGCAGACCUGACUGGCUACGAAGAAAAGCCUCUCGCCAAGCAAUACAAGCUGUUCUUCGGAGUUGCGGCACAAUUCACUUAUGUCGGCGCACAAGUCGCUGUGGCUUCUCAGUUCAUCAAAUACAGCCAAGAAUCAGCCGGCAUCAGUGCUUCUGCAGCAUCAGACAGAUAUGCCAUCGGCCAAUCACUGUUCGCCAUUGGACGAUUCGCCGCUGCAGGCCUGUUCAUGUUUGUCAAGCCUCGACUUGUCCUUCUGGUCUUCAUGACAGCUAUCAUGAUCUUCAUCUCAUGUGCUAUGGGAGUCAAAGGAGAAGCUGGUAUUGCUGUGCUCUCGUUGGUGCUCUUUUUCGAAUCGUGUAUAUUUCCCACGAUAUUUACGUUGAGCAUCCGAGGCUUAGGUCGUCAUACCAAGAGAGGCUCAUCUUUCAUCGUUGCCGCCGUCUCUGGUGGAGCCUUAUUCCCGGCCUUGACUGGACUUGCGGCUGACAACUUCGGCUCAUACCACUUGGCCAUGUGUGUACCAUUGUGUGGAUUCUUCAUCUCCUUCGUGUUCCCCAUCUACCUGAACACAUACUGCCGACAAGAACUUGACGGCUUCCGGGAGACCAAGAUUGGCUAUACCGACCAACGUCGUGGAACCAUCAUUGGUGACAUCAACGAUGCGCAGACAUUCGAGGAGAUGGACAAGAGGAGAUCAGUCAAUGUUGAGAAGGUGUGA